AUGGCUUCGCACCUUUGUCAGCCUGCCUCCCCUCCACUCCCACCUUCUCUCUCUCAUGGCAGCGUGUCUCUCGCAUCCUCUCUCUGCUCUCUCCCGUGUUCCCCUCUUUUCCUCGCUUGCGUCGUCGCCCCUGACGGCCGGGCCGCGGCCACCUACCCUGGAGGCUCCAUUCUCCUUCUUCACCGGAAUCCUCAGUGCUGUACCUUGAUUCCCUCUCCUCGUGCGGCGCCGCUGAAUUCCGUGUGCUCUGGCGCGCGGGGACCGACGAGCUCGGUUUUUUCGGGGGAAGGCGUCUGUGCGCCGACUCGCCUUCUGUAUCCGUGCGUCGAUGCUUCUCUCCGUGAAAAAAUCCUGCAGCUCCUCGCCGUUCGAAACACCUUUCUCGCCUCUGUCGCUUCUCCGCCUCCUUCUGACACCGUUCCGCGCCGAGACGCGAAGCUGUCUCAUGUGUGGACGGGGGCGUCAUCUGUCGACUCGCGCUCCCACGACUUCCGCGUGGUCCCCUCGGCGCACGCCCGGACGCGGCGAGCCUCGGGUUCACUUCCGACGCUCGCCGCGUCCGACUUUUUCGGCGACGCCGCUCCGCCCUCUCCGCGCGUGACGCAUGCGCGUGCGUCCGCUGCGUCUCCGAAAGAGGCGUUUUCCCUGACGCAAUUCGCCUCCGUUGUAUGGCCUGCGCUGCCUUCGGAGACGCAAAGAACCCUCUGGACCUUCCUCCAGACGGCUCUAAGCGCCCUGCUGCGGGCGACGGCUGCCGCGGCCUCUGUGCGCGCUGGAUCCAUCAGCGCCAGCGUCUCCCACCUGCUUCACGAGGCGCAAGGGUGCCUGGACGCGGCGGAGCAGGCGCUAACUCCGUGCUGGGCCGUGGCCGGAGUCAGCCAGGCGCGCGACCCGAGCGUGCGCGUGUGGGCAGUCGACCUCGUCGCGGAAAACCGGGGCAGUGCCGGCGCGUUGCCCGAGUCCAGAGACAGUUUCUUCUCUUCCCUCGACGCGUUUCCCGUCGACCGAUCCUUGUGUCUGGGACCCAGCAGCAGGCGCCGCGAGACGCAGCCCCCGCUCCAGCGCAGCGGGUUUGCGGUUUACCUGGAGCUCGAUGUGAGCGGUCAGUUUGUCUUCACUCGCUGGCCUGCGCGCUUCUCCGAGCGUCGCAAAUUGGUGCCGGUCACCUCGCUGUGGGCCGAAGCGGGAGACACGGAUUCUGCCAGCCUCUCGAGUGAGCUCGACGCGUCACUCGACGGCGGCGAGCUGUAUGGACAGCCGGCGCCCGGCGAAGAACGGCGACACCGGGGCUCGGAACCGUCGCAAGAAACCGUUGCGCGCUCGCUUUUUCCCGAGGGCUUCGCAGACGCCCUGAGCCUGGGCACGCCGAAGAAAUCUGGGCUGGAAGCCGUGCCACAGCGGAACCAGGAACCCGGUCUGACUCUCGCGUACCUCUACGAGAUCCAGGAGCAAAUGCUCUUGCUCGAAGUCGCCGCCCGCGAAGCGGCUUGGUUGCCUGCUGUGAGGCUCGCGCUCGCAACGCACAUCUUGAGGCAACUCCAGGCCUGGGGCGAAGACCUGGCGGCGCUCGAGCUCCGGAAAGAUGCCUCGAGACCAGACGCUGGUGACCCGACGCCCAGCCUGUUGGUUUUCGAUGCUAGGAAAGACAGAGCCGCCGAAGGCUGCUUCAGAGACAAGCCUUCCCAGUGGCGACCGGCAGCCCCUGCGACUGGCGGUGGCGUGGAAUGCCGUGGCGCGCACCGAAAAUGCAGCGAAGCUGGAGCCAGGGAAGAGCAGGACGGCGAGUCGCUGGGCCGGAGCGCGGCCAGUCGCAGUCAGCAGCUUCUUCAGCGCGCUGUGGAACGUGGCUGUCGCCUUUCGCGUCUGCUGUGUCUUCUGGGAGGCCUGCAAGCUGCGCAAAGGGACAGGACUCCGCUUUCUUCCUCCCCCUUCUCUGGGGCGAAGCGACAAAUAGGGGCCGAUCUACACGUGAAUGCAGCGUCCAGUCGGGACAGGAUGGACGGUGCUUUUCUGGGCUCGCUUUUGGCGAAGGUUCCCCGCUGCGCGGCGCCUGGCCUUGCUCUGGAAGUCGCGCCUCUCCCCACCGUCGCUCGCGUGCCAAUAGCGUGUGCGUCUGCCGGCUGGAGCGAGGAACUGCCGCUCGCUGUCGAGGUGAUGCGCGGCCUCCACCUGCUGUCUUCUUCGGGACUGGCCAGGAGUUCUGAAGCGUUUUCAAACGGCGGGGGCGUUCUCUCGCCGCGCUCUUCGCUUCCGAACUUCGGCGCAGCGGCGCAUGCGAGGCUCUGCGUCCCGGAAAGCGAAGGCGGGGGGAGUUUCGCAGAGAAGACGUGCCAUCGGCCCGCAAGUCGCGUCGCGACUGCGCCGCCGGCACGGGAGAGACCAAGAGAAGCGCCUGAAGAGGCCAUUGCAGGCUUGUGGCUCUGCCGCGACGACUGCAGGGAAGAAUGUGUGUCGAGAAUGGAAGCCGGAAACGGCUUCAGACCUGGCAGUCGACCGGUCGCGCCGCAGCCGAUGCAGACUCCGAGUCGCGCUGGGCCAGGCUCUGAGCCCGCGGCCAGCCCUGCAGAAGGCUUCAAGAUGCCGCCUUCUCUUAUUUGUGUCAUUCCGUCUGGAGGCGUGAUUUUCGCACGAGUCACGGGCGACUGCGGACUUGCUACACGGUGUGUGUGCGUGCCCACGUUUGCUUCCACUGACAGCCUCCCGGGCACUCGCGAUAGCGACGGGAAGACGGUCACCUGCGAAGAGUCUGGCCGCUCCUUUGUGUCGGCUCUGCGGUCUGUUCGCCGCGUGUGGUUGCCCUCGAAGCCGUGCACCCUUUCCAACUUCCACAGCGAUCUUUCCCCGCCCUGUCCCGUGCCUUCCGCCUCGCAGCCGCUGCGUGUGUGCACGGAAGCGCCGGCGAGCAGCGUCUGCUGGUGUCUCAGCGACGCUUCCAACUGGCGACGGCGUCGACGCACUGUGGCGCUCCAGUGGCUGCCGCGCGACCGCCACCAAGAGAACCUGCGAAGGCUGCUGAAUGCCGCAGAGUUGGUGGCGCACGCGCAGUUGAUCUGCGUGCGAGACGUUGACAUGCUCGGCGCGCUCGUGAUGGAAGGCGCCGCCGCCCUGAUUCCGGGGCUCCGAGACGCCGCGUGGAACGAGGCCGCUGCGGCGACCGCGAUCGCCGAGGCUCUGCCGGCUGUUGCUCGCCGGAGGCCCGAGGCACUGCGAGGCGGCGAGCCGGGGACCUACGCUGCCCAGAUCUGGGGAAGGGGACAAGCCGGCACCGCGACGUGGGGAGCUCAGGCUGCCGAGUCGAAACGCAACGACGGGGACGACCCGGCAGCACUUGCUGCGGGGGAAGAGGCUCUGCGCCUCUUGUUCCAGGCGCUGGAGACGGCCUGCCGGCACGAAGACGUUUCGCCGAUCGGAUCCGCAGAGCGACGGCUCCGGCCUGAUGCAGCGAGCCAGGCGACGAACAGAAUGAGGAGCGACGAAAGGACACCCGCUGUUUUGGGGGCGUCUGUCGCGGUGGAGCUCCGCCGCUGGCAGAUUCCGGGUGUCGGAGUCUUCUCGCUGACGAAGAAAGUCCUCAGCCCUGGCUUCUCGUUCGCCUUGCUCUCGGCUUUCUCCCGGGUCUUUUCGCGUCUCUCGGGUCGCGGGAGCUCAGGCGCGACUGCCAACUUUCCUCUCGGAUCCUGCUCGAGUUCAGCGGAGGCAGAUGCACCCGAGACGCCGAGCGAGUUCCUCCAGUGCGCCUUCCCCGCCCUUGAAUCCUCGUCUCCACUGAAGAGUGCGGCGACGAAGCUGCUGCGUCCCGGCGCUCCGACUCCCCCGGGCGUACGGACACAGGGCUGGCGACACGUGCCUCAGUAUUUCUCUCUCACGGGCACGCUGGCCGCUUCCGGAUUCUGUGCUACCUUGCACUUUAGCACGGUACAGCAAGUGGUGUCUGGCGCUCGCGGACCUUUUCUGUCUCUGCAGGCAGCUGGCGGGGGCCUCCAGGCGUCAAGGAUUCCUGUCGCGUGCGAGAAACAGCGUGCAGUCUACGGUCGCCCACCGCAUCUCCGGAAAGCCUCCGGCAGCGUCUUGGACGCUUUCGCUGGGCGGGGCGCCUCGGUAACGGAGGAGGAACUGGAUGCCGAGUUCGCUGACGCUGGCGCUCUCCUGGAGCGUGUGAACCUGCUCGCGAAGUUUGUCUCGCGAAGCGCGGACAGCACCGGAGCCUCGGACGUUUCUGCGAAAACGUCCUUUUCGCAGAGAGCUCCUCUUUCCUUGUCCGACCCUUUGAAGGUGCGACCUAGACUCCCCCGGGGCUCAUGCCGCUGCGAAGGCGCGGCAGCGACAGAUCUGCCAGCGUUCGCGUCGGCGAAGAGCUCGAGCCCCGUGGAGACUGGCGAGGCCUGCGUUCAGCCAGCAUUCGAAGAGUCGCCCGCGCAGAAGAGUAGUGCCUUUCGGGAAGGCCCCGGAGACGAACGGGAUUCUUUCCGACCCUCGUGGGAAGGCUCGGAGGCGCCGCGAACCUUCGAGCUAACGGCCGUCGUCGUCACCCACGUGUCCGUGGUCCACGCGCCCACGAAUAGCCCGGAACUCCUUCGUGAAACGUCCGCGUCGCCUGUAGACAUCGCAGCUCUGCUGGCCUGGGCGAAAGCUGCCGCGCCUGCCGCAGAGCCGCAGGGGGCGAGUGGGGACACGUGGAUGGCAGGAGGUGACGCGCACGAAAGCCGAUCUGGAGACGAGAAGGCUCCGCCCACCACGGAGGCAGUGGAGCAGAAAGCCUGCGCGUUUCUGAACCCAAAUGUCACGCCGGCGCAGGCCGAAGAGAUCCGGGUUGCGAUCGCCGCUGCGCUGGACUGCCUCGAGUGCUGGAGACAAGAACAGGACGCAGGAGCGGCUGAGGAACUCUUUGGCGAUCUGAACCGCGAAGUUCUCGAGCAGAGCGCACGCAUUGAACGGAGACUGCGCCGCCGGGGGAGAAGAACAUAG